AUGCACGGUGUGAAAAGAAGACAAUGGUCAAGGGAGUUGUUAAAACAAAAGAGAAUUGAGGAUGAAAAGAAAAUCAAACAAUACAGAUCUUUAGUGGACACUGUUUUGAACCUCAAGGAAACUCAAAUCUACACAAAGGAUUCAUUAAAAUUGUCGAAAGAAGUUUUACAAUGGAAUCCAGAAUUUAAUACUGUUUGGAAUUUUAGAAGAGAUAUCAUCGAAAAUGUAAAAGGUCAAUUGGAUGUCACAUUUUGGGAAGACGAAUUAAACUUUACCAUGGCUGAAUUAAAGAAGUUUCCAAAAGUGUAUUGGAUUUGGAAUCAUAGAGUUUGGGUUCUAAAGAAUCAUAUCGACUCCUCUCUAAAGAUUUGGCAGAGGGAGUUAAUAAUCGUUAACAAAUUAUUGGAUAUGGAUGCUCGAAAUUUUCAUGGAUGGCAUUAUAGAAGAAGGAUUAUUAAGGUUAUCGAAGACAGAACUGGUAAAAGCAACGAUCAUGAAGAAUUAGAAUUAACCACUCAAAAAAUCAAUAAAAAUAUCUCGAAUUUCUCUGCAUGGCACCAAAGAGUUCAACUAAUCACAAGAAUGAAUGAUACUGACGAGUUUGAAAAUAGAAAAGAAUUUAUUACAAAUGAGAUAGAUUAUAUUACAAACGCAAUGUUUACAGAUGCGGAAGAUCAGUCUGUUUGGUUUUACAUGGAAUGGUUUCUCGAAUAUGAAAUGGUAUCAAAAGUCUUGAAUCAUAAUGAAUAUACAACCAUCCUGAAUAAGUUUCAAUCAAACAUCUUAAUAAUAAAUGAAGACGAUAAGGAAUUUUCUGGAAAGGAAAAUCCAUGGUGUCUGAAAAUGUUAAUUAUUAUAGAAAAACUACAAACAAACCUUGGUAUCGAGAUUAAGGAUGGUAAAUCAAAAGAGUGGAUUGCCAAAUUAAUUGAAGCCGAUCCUUUGAGGAAAAAUAGAUAUUUAUAUUUGCUACAUGAAGAGAAAUAA